GCGUCGGGAGCCGCCUCUCCCCCGCGGCGCUCGCCCCUGCUCGCGGCCCGCAUCCCUUGUUCCGCGGCCGCACUCAGACAACAAAAGCGGAAGAUGCUGCAGUUGGGCAAGGUCAGGACCUUGCCCUGAAGCCGGGCGGCGGCGCGCACGCCUUUCCCCGGACUGAGAAGCUGUCGCUGGUGGCGGGUGCAUGUUCGCGAGGAGGCAGUCGGGCGCCGCGCCGUUCGGAGCUAUGCCUGUCCCAGACCAGCCUCCAUCAGCCUCGGAGAAGACCAGCUCCUUGAGCCCUGGCCUCACCACCUCCAAUGGGGAUGGCUCGGAGACAGAGACCACCUCUGCUAUCCUCGCCUCGGUCAAAGAACAGGAAUUACAGUUUGAAAGGCUGACCCGAGAGCUAGAGGCAGAACGCCAGAUCGUUGCCAGCCAACUGGAGCGAUGCAAGCUUGGAUCCGAGACCGGCAGCAUGAGCAGUGUCAGUUCAGCAGAAGAGCAGUUUCACUGGCAAUCACAAGAUGGUCAAAAAGAUAUCGAAGAUGAGCUCACAACAGGUCUUGAAUUGGUGGACUCCUGUAUUAGAUCACUGCAGGAAUCAGGAAUACUUGACCCACAAGACUAUUCAACAAGUGAAAGGCCCAGCCUGCUCUCCCAGAGUGCACUCCAGCUCAAUUCCAAACCUGAAGGGUCCUUCCAGUAUCCAGCCAGCUACCAUAGCAACCAGACCUUGGCCCUGGGUGAGACAGCCCCGUCGCAGCUCCCUGCCCGCAGCGCACAAGCCCGAGGUGCAGGCCAGAGUUUCAGCCAGCUGGGUCCCGGGCCUCAUACAGCAGCCAGCACGGCCACCUGGGUCCGGAGCUGCGGGCCCUGCAGUCCCCAGAGCACCACAUAGACCCCAUCUAUGAAGACCGCGUCUAUCAGAAGCCCCCCAUGAGGAGUCUCAGCCAGAGCCAGGGGGACCCUCUGCCGCCAGCACACACAGGCACGUACCGCACGAGCACAGCCCCGUCUUCCCCCGGUGUCGACUCCGUCCCCUUGCAGCGCACAGGCAGCCAGCAUGGCCCGCAGAGCGCUGCCGUGGCCACCUUCCAGAGGGCCAGCUACGCCGCCGGCCCAGCCUCCAGCUACGCAGACCCCUACCGGCAGCUGCAGUAUUGUCCUUCCGUCGAGUCUCCGUACAGCAAAUCCGGCCCUGCCCUCCCUCCCGAAGGCACCUUGGCCAGAUCCCCGUCCAUCGAUAGCAUUCAGAAAGAUCCCAGAGAAUUUGGAUGGAGAGACCCGGAACUGCCUGAAGUGAUUCAGAUGUUGCAACAUCAGUUUCCUUCGGUCCAGUCUAAUGCUGCAGCCUAUUUACAGCACCUCUGCUUUGGAGACAAUAAAAUUAAAGCCGAGAUAAGGAGACAAGGAGGUAUUCAGCUCCUGGUGGACCUGCUGGACCAUCGGAUGACGGAAGUCCACCGUAGUGCCUGUGGGGCAUUGAGAAACUUGGUGUAUGGGAAAGCCAACGAUGACAACAAAAUCGCCCUGAAGAACUGUGGCGGCAUCCCGGCACUGGUCAGGUUGCUCCGCAAGACCACCGACUUGGAGAUCCGGGAGCUGGUCACAGGAGUCCUUUGGAACCUUUCAUCUUGCGAUGCACUCAAAAUGCCGAUCAUACAGGACACCCUGGCCGUGUUGACCAAUGCUGUGAUCAUCCCCCACUCAGGCUGGGAAAAUUCACCUCUUCAGGACGAUCGGAAAAUACAGCUGCAUUCUUCACAGGUGCUGCGAAAUGCCACUGGAUGCCUAAGGAAUGUUAGUUCAGCCGGAGAGGAGGCCCGCAGGAGGAUGCGGGAAUGUGAUGGGCUCACGGAUGCGCUGCUCUACGUGAUUCAGUCUGCGCUGGGGAGCAGCGAGAUCGAUAGCAAGACCGUUGAAAACUGUGUGUGCAUUUUAAGGAACCUUUCGUACCGGCUGGCAGCAGAAACGUCUCAGGGACAGCACCUGGGCACAGAUGAGCUGGACGGGCUGCUCUGUGGUGAGGCCAAUGGCAAAGAUGCAGAGAGCUCCGGGUGCUGGGGCAAGAAGAAGAAGAAAAAGAAAUCUCAAGAUCAGUGGGAUGGAGUAGGACCUCUUCCAGACUGUGCAGAACCACCAAAAGGGAUCCAGAUGCUGUGGCACCCAUCCAUAGUCAAACCCUACCUCACACUGCUCUCUGAGUGCUCAAAUGCAGACACGCUGGAAGGGGCGGCAGGCGCCCUGCAGAACUUGGCUGCAGGGAGCUGGAAGUGGUCGGUAUAUAUCCGAGCUGCUGUCCGGAAAGAGAAAGGCCUGCCCAUCCUUGUGGAGCUGCUGCGGAUAGACAAUGACCGAGUGGUGUGUGCAGUGGCCACGGCACUCCGGAACAUGGCCUUGGACGUCAGGAAUAAGGAGCUCAUUGGCAAAUAUGCCAUGCGAGACCUGGUCCAUCGGCUUCCAGGCGGGAAUAACAGCAGCAAUGCGGCGAGCAAGGCCAUGUCGGACGACACGGUGACAGCCGUGUGCUGCACCCUGCACGAGGUGAUCACCAAGAACAUGGAGAACGCCAAGGCCUUACGGGACGCCGGCGGCAUCGAGAAGUUGGUCGGCAUCUCCAAAAGCAAAGGAGACAAACACUCUCCGAAGGUAAUCAAGGCCGCAUCUCAGGUUCUGAACAGCAUGUGGCAGUACCGAGAUCUGAGGAGUCUCUACAAAAAGGAUGGAUGGUCACAGUAUCACUUCGUAGCCUCAUCUUCAACCAUCGAGAGGGAUCGGCAAAGACCCUACUCCUCCUCUCGCACGCCCUCCAUCUCCCCUGUGCGCGUGUCUCCCAACAACCGCUCAGCAAGUGCCCCAGCUUCACCUCGGGAAAUGAUCAGCCUCAAAGAAAGAAAAACAGACUAUGAGUCCACUGGCAGCAACGCCACUUACCACGGAACUAAAGGAGAACACACUUCCAGGAAAGACACCAUGACAGCUCAAAGUACUGGAAUUUCAACUUUGUAUAGGAAUUCAUAUGGUGCGCCCGCUGAAGACAUCAAACAUAACCAGGUUUCAGCACAGCCAGUCCCACAGGAGCCCAGCAGAAAAGACUACGAGACCUACCAGCCGUUUCCGAAUUCCACGAGAAACUACGACGAGUCCUUCUUCGAGGACCAGGUCCACCACCGCCCUCCGGCUAGCGAGUACAUGCACCUGGGACUCAAGUCCACGGGCAACUACGUCGACUUCUACUCCGCUGCCCGUCCCUACAGUGAACUGAACUAUGAAACGAGCCACUACCCCGCGUCCCCCGACUCCUGGGUGUGAGGCAGGCAGCACCGGGAACAGUGCAUGUGCAUGCAAGACCACAGACAUUGCUAUUUUUCUUUUCCCCUGCAAAUUUAGUUUGUUAAAGCCUGUUCCAUAGGAAGGCUGGCAUAACCAGUAAGGAAACAUUAAGUGCUAUUUCAGAAAGCUAAAUGAAUCGAACGUUAACUUGAAAGUCAAUAGAAAGUGAUCCUCAAUCUGACCUUGCACAACACCUUUCUAGCGCGGGCUGGAGAGUCCAAAAAGUGCUUUCCACUGAAUGUGGCUGAAGGCAGCACAGAAGGCGGUCAGGGUGACGGUUGUAAGCACAGAGGCACGUGGUUCACACACUUCAGAGGGACGGCUUCUCACGCUUUGUUUACUCUUCAUCCGUUGUGAUUCUAGGCUUCAAGUUGCACUCGGGUUCCUCUGUACAGCAAGAUGUUUCUUGCCCUUUGUUAAUGCAUUGUUGUAAAGUAUUUGAUGUACAUUACAGAUUAAAGAAGAAAAGCGCAUUGUGUAUAUUACACCAAUGCUGCAGCGUUUCCUCAUCUAUGGUUCUAAAUAUUGCUUCAAUUUCAAACUUUUGAAAGAUGUAUGGAUUUCCAGUUUUUCUUUUCUUUCUCGCAGUAUGUUUUAA